AUGGACGUGAACGGUGACCAAGAAAUUCAAGAAUCAGAACCAACGAUCCCCACAACAAAGAGUCAAGAAGAUAAACAAGGCGAUAAGUACACAAUUAUGUUGCUGAAAGAAAAAUGGGAGGAAAUUGAAAUACUUUUAAAAAGAAGAAAUAAUUUAAAUUUAAUAAAAUUCGUAAUAUCAUUAUUUAUUAUUCUGUUUGGAAUAGCAUUGUUUUAUAUUUUUUGGAAAAAAAAUAUCAGCGAUACGGUUCAUAUUAUAACAUCGAGUGUUCUUGAUAGUGGUGGAGUUUUGUCUCUUUUAAAUAUCCUUGCCCAAAAGUGGCAACAAAAUAAGGAUACUGUUACUUCGUUGGUUGGAGCUGUUAACAAGAUUCCACUUCUAUCUGAUAAAGUAUUUAUGCCUGCGUUGUUACAAAUAUCUGAUGAACUCAUAAAUGAUAAGCUAGUUAAAAAGUGCAAAGAUUAUUUAAGGUUUUUAGAUCGUAUCAAAUAUCUUAUUAACGCUGAAAAGAGAGAUUGGGUAAUAAUAAUUGCUAUAUUAUCUUUAUACGUUAUUAUUACUUCUGUUAUCUCGAUUUUAAUUAACAGUAAACAUAUUGAUUUUAUAUUAGCUAUAAGUAUUAUCAUUAUUGGUUGCUUAUGUUUAUAUAAUAUAAUAUUAUCUUUCUUUGAACGAAUAGUUGAGAAAAUGCUGAAUUAUACUAUAGAACCUCCUACAUCUUCUGAUCACAUAAAGAUGAUUAUCUAUACUAUGGGGCUUAUAUUUUUAAAACCUACAAUAGAUGCAGUUAUAACAAUUUUGUCAUAUUAUUACAUUUUUUCGAAAAGAUUAUAUUUAAUUGAUGAUAAUAAAUUUACUCUAGAUGAUUAUGGUAGAAUUCUCCCGAAUGAAGAAACUAAUACGAGUAUGAGUUCUUGUAACGAACCUCAACUCGAAGAGGAUACAGAAAAAAUUAAAGAAAAAGAUAUUGAUAACACAAAGAACCUGGCCAAAAUACUUAAAUUUGGUAAUCCAAUGAAUCUUAUUGAAGAAUAUGUUAUUUUUACAUUUAUUUUAGUUCUUAGAAUGAAAACAGAAUAUCAAUUUAAAAUAGAAUCUAUAGAAAUAACUGAAAAGCAAAGAGAUGAGCUUAGGAGCAUUUUGUGCGGAUUAGUUCAAUAUUCGUAUAUAGAGGAAAAAAACACUAUCGAUAUUGUGACGGAGGAAUUAGGGAAGGAAAAUCGUGAUAAGUAA